CACUGACUUACCUUGCAGCCCAGGCUCUCGGCUCUCCACGCUGGCCACGCUGACUGCGGCCCGGAAAGGAGUCGAUCUAGGGAAGAAAUCUAGACUAAACUGCACCAAAACCCGAGAGGUACAUUUUAAGUCAUCAGUUACUUUUAUUAGUAAGUACUUUCCAGUUGCCCCAUUUUAUUUUAAACAUUGGUUUUUACUUUCUCGAGUACUUAGGGCCGGAGGGAAUCGCUGGCCCAGCCCACUGCAUACCACCCGGCUUCACUAAAGAGGCACUGUAUUUUAUAAUAAGGAUUAAAGUGAUUGAUAAACUGCUAAAUUUCUAAAAAUGUUCAGAAAGGAUGUGAACUGGAGAAAGGAUGUGAAGCCUCUCCUGUCAGUGCAAUCUUGUAUGUUGUGGUUGACCACAAAGGCUUGACAACCAGUUUUGACUGCCAGCUCUGCUUUUUAUAAAAUGGAUGACUGGGGUGGAUUGCUCGAUCUUUCAACCUUAGUUUUCUUAUUCGUAAAAUGGAGAAAAAUAAAGUCCCUAUUUCCUAGGGUUCCUAAGAGGAAUAAAUAGAUACGCAGGUAAAACCACAAACAAUUGCAGUGUGUGGUACUGUUACUGUAAUUAAAAUAAUUGUAAGUUAAAUACCCCAUUUAACAGGGAAACUUUAACCACUAAGUCCCAUCCCCCAAGUCAGCUGAGUUGGCUCAUACUAACAACAAUUAACAUUUGUAGAGCUUUGCAGAGAAGCCCUGGUGAGGUAAGUUAAGCACUGGGCUGCUAACUGAAAGAUUGGCAGUUAGAACCCAUAAGAAGAGCUCCGUAGUGUUUUUUGUUUUCUACAAGGAGAAGGAGCUGGCAAUCUGCUCCCAUAAAAAUUACAGCCUAGAAAACCCUAUGGAGUAGUUCUACUCUGUCACAUGGGGUCACUACGAGUAGAAAUCGACUGAACAGCACCUACCAACAACAGCAACAUAGCUUCGUGGUAUAUACAGGGCAUUUCAUUCAACUACCGCAGUUAACCCUAAGGUAAGCAGCGCAGAGCUGUUGAAUUAUUUUGGGAACUGGAGGGUGAGGAAGAAGCCGAGAGUGAGGAGCAGAUGACUAGGGCAGGGGAGAAGCUCUCCUGGACAAGGCGAUAGACAGAGAAGCUCACAGGUCCAACCUGAGAGCCUAAGGGAGGGAAGCUGUGACUCAGGAAAAAAAAAAACAAAAACCCCAACUCAGGAAAAGGCCUAGCUUAAGAAGCUGGUUUGUGUAUCUGGGCGAUAGAGCAUUUUAUUCUCUAGCAAAGAUCCCUGUUCCCUCAGCUUCCUCACCCCUUGAACCUUGCCCUCAUCCCUGUUCUAAGUCUUAGGGCUUGAAACUAGGGAAAUCUCAGUCUCAAUGCCAACAUAUGGGGAAGUGGGAACCCAGGUCUUCCUGAUAUUGCUACAAAAUAGUGGGUGUAGGGACCAAGGCAGACAGAGGCUGGCUUUUAGAAUCCCAUUAAAAAAAAAAGAAAACCAUGGAAUAUUAUUGUACGUAGUAUUCAGACGCUAAAGUUUUAAUAACAAUAGUAAUAAAAUAAUGUAGCAUUUUAAAAGGUCUUCUAUGCAAUCUCUUUAGAGGGGACAUUUCUCCCAUUUAAAGGAUGAAAAACGAGGAGCACAGAAGUGAAGUGACCACUGAAGGUGGCAGAAACAGAACUCAUACCCAGGCCUACUAAUACACCCAUGUUCCUGUCACUGGUUAAGUGGGCUUCUUCGGCCGCUCCUGCACUUGAAUUUUCAGAGUCCAAUCUGUUUAUCAGUUGAAAGCCACCAGUCACUAUGAGGUCCUAAUCACCUUUCUUUUUCAACCAUUAAAAAACAGAAGAAAACCAAACCCAUUGCCCAGCAAGUCGAUUCUGACACAUAGUGACCCUAUAGCACAGAGUAGAACUACCCCAUAGGGUUUCCAAGGAUUGGCUGGUGGAUUCAAACUGCCAACUUUUUGGUUAGCAGGUGAGUGCUUAUCCACUGGGCCACCAGGGCUCCUUUUCAACAAUAAAACUUUUCAACAAUGGGAAUGUUUUAUUCAACCGCUGGUUAGACUCUAGUCCACAUAAGUAUAAAAUUUUUUUCAAACACAAAUAUAGCUUUUUGCAGCAUUGAGUUGUCUGUUCACCCUUAGAAAGCCUAGUUAACUAUCAGAGUGAUGGAAACUGAACUGAGCGUCACAUCUCCUUUGUUUUUUGAAAGAAAAAUUGAAAGCUGUGCACAAAACAUUUUUUGUUUUUCUCAAAAGAGAAUAAAAAGGAAAACUACAUGCAAAUAUUUCUUUCUAGAUAAGAUUAUAUUUUGCCCUUAAUUUCAGCAAAUUUUUAUAACAGGUUAAAAGCUCAGGCUUCGGGGCCCUAUUUCCUUCUAAAGAAACAAAACAAAACCUUAAAUUUAUCUAAUCCAUCAGAAGAUUCAUUGUCAACGAUAGGCCAUUCCUGUUUAAGGAUACUUUCAAGCUCUGCGAUUUAUCAACAGGGCAAGCCUCCCCAACCCCUCCAUUUAGUCAUAUCUGAGGUGGAAAUAAUAGUUCCUACCUCGCUGGUUUGUGAGAACAGAACAGGCCUGGCACAGAGUAAGUGUUCAUUGAAUGGCUGAAUGCUAACUAUUGUUACGCAUAAGACACUGGGUGGUCAGGGUACAAGAAUGGGCAUGAAGCAUCUCCUGCUUUCUAGGACUAAUUAGGAUGUACCCAAACUAAACCCAUUGCCUCCCGUUGAUUCCAACUCACAGCAACCCUAUGGGACAGAGUAGAACUGCCGCAUAGGAUUUCCAAGGCUGUCAUCUUUAUGAAAGCAGACUGUCACAUCUUUCUCUUGCGGAAUGGCUGGUGGCUGGGUUCGAACUGCCAACCUUUCGGUUUGCAGCCGAGCGCUUUAACCACUGCGCAACCAGGUCUCCUUUAACUAGGAUGUACUUAGGUAAACAGUCACAUGAGUAGUUUAAUUAUAGAACAAAACAGAAAAAAAGAAACCAAGUGCUAAAUAGAGACAUCACGUCAGAGAAAGGAGAAAUUAUUCUGUCUGGAAGAACAGGGAAGGCUCCGUGACAGAACUGCCUUUUGAGCUGUGUCUUAAAGAAGGAACAGAAUUUCAAAAAGUGGAAGGGGUUAGGGAGCAUUCCAGGCUGAGUCACGUGAGCAAAGACACACACAGGUGAAAAAAGCCCGCUAGGCUUCCAGGCAGCCCAUCUGUCAUCAAACACACAGGUGUUGAAGAGCCCUGCAGAGGGAAGGAUCACAUCUUCCCCUAAAGGAGACGUUACAGAAUGCAAAAUGUUGGAGAUAGGCUAGUAUCUAGAAUGAAAGUGAGAUUUUAUUUUUUUAAUCUAGAUGAUAAAGUUUUAUGUUAGAAGACACAUGUAAAUGAAAACUAUACUGUUUUGGAAAUAAUGUUUUAAUCGAAGUAAGACAAAUGUUUUUAAAGAUUAGGAGAAAUUUGUCCAAAGUAAUUAGCUAUAAAACCUAGAACAGGUAAAAUUGGUCAGUAUCUACCGCUUCCUAAAAUAUAUUAAAAGUCUCCCUUCUAAAGUGUAUUUGAAAGAGCUAUAUCUUUAUUUAUUUGCUAAGAGAUGGUUGAAGUAUCCUAGCUUCAGGCUAUAUCAUUCAAGGAUUUUGCUGUCUCAGGAAGAGAGGAAGCAAUCACAGUCAUGAAAAAUAAAAAUGGCUUGAUCCAAGUAUGUGAGAAGCAGAGUUUAUUUCUCCAGCCAAUGUUGCAUGCAGAAAUUGCAUAGCUGCUCUCUGAAAAAUGCAUGGGGAGAAUAUGCUGCCAUCAUUCCCAUUGAUGACCAAUAUUCUAGGAUGAGAACUCAAGGGUCACAGGAGAAUUAUUUUUGGAAUUCAGCCACCAUUUGAUGGGAGGAUAAUUUGGUGUCUCUUAAGAAUUUGGAAACCUUGGAUGCGUGGUGUUUAAGUAAGUGCUACAGCUGCUAACCCAAAGGUCAGCAGUUUGAAUCCACAAGGCGCUCCUUGGAAACUCUAUGGGCAGUUCUACCCUGUCCUAUAGGGUGGCUAUAGUCAGAACUGACAGCAACAGGUUCUUAAGAAAUCGUUAGUGUUAUUAUUCCUGUUUUGUUGAUAAGGAUUCUGAAGUCUAGAGGUUACAACAUAACCUGCCCUGGGAGAGCAGGAUUUAUAUUUAUACCCAGGGGGCUGACUUGGGCCUGGGUCUCAGCCUGUAGUCUUUAUUGCCUCAACUCAGGAUCAUCCGCAUACAAAUGGCAAUUGAUAAGGGACUGGGUAACUGUGACCCUGGGGUGGGGAGGGGUGCUGUUAAUAGUUAUGCAAAACCAGAACUGUUUGGGGAGAUAAGGACAGAUGCCAUGACUGACACCAUGAGAGUGGAUGAACUUACAAAGGGAAAGAAUGUUGAAGAAGAAAGCCAACUAGUGGGCCUUAAGAAAGAUCAAUAUUUGGGGAAUUGGUAGAGGAAGAGAAACGCGCAAAGGGUGCUGGGGAAAGAGAAUUGGGAGACAGGGGGUCUCGGGCAUUUGGGCAGAGUUUUUGAGAGGGGAGUGGUCCACAGUGCCCUGAGCCCAAGAGAACAUUGCUGAAGCACUAAGAACCAAGAAGCGGACAUUGAGUGAAACAACAAGGAAAUUAUUGGUGCUUUACUGAAAAACAUUUCUUUGGUUUCGUGAUGUUGGAAGCCAAAUUAAAGUAAAACGAGGAGUGAGUGGGAGGUGAACACUCGGACACGGCCUGUGUAAACAACUCUUUAAAAAGUGGCCUUGAAGGGGAGUCAGAGAUAGGACUGUGCUGGAGGUGGAGUCAGAAGUUUCCUUUCUUUUUCAAAGCAAGAAACUAGGGUGUGUUUAAUGCGGAAAGGAAGGAGCCAGCCAGAGUGAGUGAGACUCAGAAUAUAUAAUUAUCAGCUCUCCGGGGGGAUACCCUGGAACAGAGUCGCUGAGGACGUGAGAGGAUCCGCAUCCAGAGCUCCAGGGCAACUUUACACCUAGAGAGCAAUCCUCAGACCUACCGUGUUCAAAGGGAGGAUCCGGGCGAUCUACCCUGGGCGCCAUGGUCUCCUUGGUCUCAUCCGAAGUCCGGCAGCUGCUCCACAACAAGUUCGUGGUCAUCCUGGGGGACUCCAUCCAGAGGACUGUGUACAAGGACCUGGUGCUUCUGCUGCAGAAGGAUUCCCUGCUUACCCAUGACCAGCUCAAGGCCAAGGGGGAGCUGAGCUUCGAAAAAGACGAGCUGGUGAAGGGCGGCCAGAGGGGCCCUAUGUGCAACGGGACCCAGUACCGUGAGGUCCGCCAGUUCUGCUCUGGCCACCACCUGGUGCGCUUCUACUUCCUCACGCGCGUGUAUUCUGAGUACCUUGAGGCCAUCUUGAAAGAGUUGCUGUCUGGCAAGUACGCCCCGGAUGUGUUCAUCAUGAACUCCUGCCUCUGGGACCUCUCCAGGUACGGUCAGAACUCCUGGAGGAGCUACCGGGAGAACCUGGAGAGCCUGUUCCGGCGCCUGAACGAGGUGCUACCAGAACAAUGCCUUCUGGUAUGGAACACGACCAUGCCCGUGGGUGAAAAGAUCACUGGGGGCUUCUUCCUGCCAGAGCACCAGCCCAGCGCCGCCUCCCUGCGUGUGGACGUGGUAAAAGCCAACUUCUACAGCUCUGCUGAGGCAUGUAAACACGACUUUGAUGUGCUGGACUUGCAUUUCCACUUUCGCCGCUCACAGCACCACCGGCAGCGAGAUGGCGUGCACUGGAACGAAUUUGCACACCGACACCUCUCGCAGCUGCUGUUGGCCCAUGUGGCCGACGCCUGGGGUGUGGAGCUGCCCCACCGAGACCCCUCGAGCAAGUGGAUCAAAAAUGGUCGGGUGAGGGAGUCAGCUGGCCACCAAAGGGACAGGCAGCCCCAAGCUAGCAAGGGUGAACUGGCUUUGCUUCCGCCCUCGUCCCCACCCCCACCCAUGCGUCUGCACCACUGCAGACCCCUGCCCCCGCUCCUGCGCCCAACCCCACCCCUAACACGACGGCCCAUGUCAUCUUCCUUCCCACAGCCGCAUCCCAUGCCCCUUCACCAGGAGAUGCCCCAGUUCCCGCCCAAUUACCAAGAUUCCUAUUUUUUCUCAAACCAGCCCCUCCAGUCGGAUCAAUUUUCCUUCGACUGUUUCCACUUGGAUGUCCCCUUACCCACCCACAGAGGAUUUGUCAUGGAAGGAAACUUUAUGUUUGGUCCCCAGCCGCCUAUGCCCCUCUUCUCCCCACCCUGUUAUCAGCAGCGGGCCCCAGUGGUUCAUAGGAGUUUCCCACGGUAUCGUUCUCGUGGUCCUUACGUUCACGGGAGACCACGACCCCGACCUUCAAAAAGACUGGCCCCUACCCAUCCAGAGUCAAGGCCGUAGUAGACUGCCCUGGACCUUUCCCUCUUCAUGGAGGGUCUGGACAGAUGGCCUGCCUGUCCCUUUCCAUUGGCAUGGCUAAGCAGACUGAGCUCCUCAAGCCUCCUGUCAUCCUUGGACUUUUUUUUUUUGUUCAUUGCCAUUGCCAGUAAAGGCAAGGAAGAGCAGUCUGAUCUAUUCUGGCCAGGGCCUUCUUCCUUACUCUCUGGGGGGUGACCAAGCAUUAUUCCUGCCUCCCUACUUCCCAGUCUCCUUUUUGCCUUUUUGUAAAAAUAAAAUUGAAAUAAAGAAGU